ACGUGAUUCACUGAUUUCCUGCAUUUGUUGCGCUCUUGGUUCAUGCCAGAGAAGCAGGUUUAAUAGCGAUGGCGAUAUCUUAGAGCCAUUUUAAAUAGCCUGGCCUGCCACGUCUCGGAUCAAGAGUCAGUUUCGAAGGCUGAAACAGGGAACAGCCUUGUAGAUGCCUGAGCACAUUCCAUUGCUUCCGGUGGUUCAAGCCAAGCAGCGGUUUGAUGUCAAGGUCAGGUGAAGCUUCCAGUCUCUUGGAGAUCUUGAUGCCACAAAGUGCGGGCACAAGAUCCUCCCUGAGAUCCGGGACGGCCACAUCGUUUGAUGCAAAUGUGAAGAUGCCCCCCGUCAUGCCGCUGCCGCCGCCCCCGUCGGCGGCGGCCGCCCAGUGGGCUCAGCAUGCGUACACGGCCAGUACGCAGGCCGCUGCUGCCAAGGCGGCCGCUGCAAAGGCAGCAGAGGUCGCGGCGGCACAAGCUGCUGCGGCACAGGCUGCCGCCACUCAAGCGCAAGUAGCACAAGUAAGUGCGCAGCAGGCGGCGGCUGCUCAAGUGGCUCAAUCCUUGGGUUACAAUGUGGCGCCGGUGGGUGUGCCCACGGCGGCAGCCUACGGGGACCUUCCCUCUGCUGCACCUCCUUAUGGCCUUAGCUCUCCAAACCCCAUGCCCGCCUCCAUGGCCAGCAUGAACCCGCUAUGGCUGCUGCCUGCGGCAUUGGCGGCCUCUUGCCUAGGCGAACGGAGAAAACAAGGAGACGAGGCUGUUCAAAGACAUGGCGGAGCUCUCAUCCAACGACCACCACCACUCUCGCCCACCACCGCCGGGUCACGGACCGUGCGGUGCAGUUCCUGUCCUUCAAAUCGGUAGAGCAGUUGGAGCGACCCAUUCCGUCCGUGUAGCGCGGAGCGGAGAAAGCGGAGUGGCGCCUUUUGGGGGGAGAGGGGGCGGUGCCGUUCGAGAUGGGCCAGAGUCGGAAUGCUACUGCUAGUGGACCUUCAUGUACUUUCUCUCAUGCUCUCUCCAUAGGAGAGGUGUUGUAAGUUUGAUGAGAUGUCUUUGAAUGUCUGGAUAACAUUGAACCCAGACUUCUGGACGCUUUAGGUGCAUCUUCUCUUGUGUGCUGCCC